AUGCAUCGUCUUCCGUCUGUUUCUAGCCUCAUGUCACCCCCCGAGACUAAGCCCCUCGAGAACUUUCCUGCUCCAAUCCCUCCAUUUGUAAAGCCUCGAGGUUCUUCACCUGGUGACAUAAAGCUCCCACCUAUCUCUGCUGAUCGAAAACGGACCCAGUCAGAGAUGGACCUCCCAUCGCCACCCGUCACCCCAUACACAGGGAACAAGAAGAGCAAUCCCCACGUCUCGGAUCAAAUUGAACGAGAUGUGGGAUCCCCGAGGGACCCUGUUCUAUUCCCUCGACAGGACUCCGUUACUGACGUUGCCACGGAUGAGCCGCUGUUCGGCCCCGCUCACCCUCCGUCUGCAGAGGCACUUGUUGAAAAACAUAUUGAUUCACAUAUGGCAAUGUUUCGCAACAAAUUGAACAAGCCAACAAGAGAUGAAUAUCUGCUGGCGCUCUCCUGUGUUCCUAUUGUCUCAACGCAGUAUAAUCGCAACCCGGCAGCUUGGGCUCGGGAGGAACGAGAGACACUGGAGCGCCAAAUGGCUAUGAUGAAUCGCUACCGCCCGAUAGGUAGCGAGCCCAAGUUGAAGAAAAUUGCUCCCGCUCCGAUGAAGAAAUCAGGGGUCCAGCCGCGCGUGCAGCGGACCCGGACCAAGCGCACUCCCAAGUCUACGCCCAAUCAGCAGGUGUUAGACAACUUUGAUACCCCACAGACUCCCACUACGAAACCGCGUGCCCUAGGUAUGAAUCGUGAUGAUACCGAUUAUCAAUCACUAAAGGACUAUUCGCCCCCGGUGGCAACGCUAGGCAGCAAUGCCAAAGCAUUGAAGGCGGACUGGAAGGGACAGAUGUUGGACCUGAGCAAUGACCCGGACAGGCAUAUUCUCAGUCCUGCCGAGCUCAAUUUGGCCUCUACGUUACGACUUUCAUGUGCGACCUAUCUUUGCAGCAAGCGUCGUAUCUUUGAAGCUCGAGUUCGGGCUCUUGGCGUUGGCAAGGAGUUUCGCAAGACGGAUGCUCAGCAGGCUUGCAAGAUCGAUGUGAACAAAGCCAGCAAACUUUGGACCGCCUAUGAACGUGUGGGUUGGUUUAAAGCUGAAUAUUUUCAUAAAUAUCUGGCAUGA